UACUGGAAUAAGACCGGAAUGAAAAUCUGAAAUACUUAGCCCAUUCCUCUUUUAUUCCCUGUGUCUUCAGAUUAUUCCAAGAAAUGGUGACUGUUACUAUUUAUCUGCUGGUCAUCUUGGCUCAAGCUCUUGCAGGGCCUUGCAAUCCAAAUAAAGCAGAUGUAAUUCUGGUAUAUUGCUAUCCUAAAAGCAUCAUCACAAAAAUUCCAGAGUGUCCUUAUGGAUGGGAGGUUAAUCAGUUGGCACUCGGAGGCAUUUGCUACAAUGGCAUCCAUGAUUCAGGAUACUACCAAUUCACAAUUCCAGACCUGUCUCCUAAAAACAAGUCAUACUGUGGGACGCAGUCAGAGUUUAAGAACCCUGUCUAUCACUUCUAUAACUCCAUUGUGUCCAAUGACUCCUCAGUAAUUGUGAAGAGCCAGCCAGUGAAUUAUUCAUUCACCUGCACAUACAAUGCAAACUACUUGGUGAACCAGGCUGCCUUCGACCAAAGGGUAGCUACCGUCCAUGUGAAGAAUGGGAGCUCUGGUUCAUUUGAAAGUCAGUUAUCCCUCAACUUCUACUCUAAUGCCAAGUUUUCAAGUAUAAAAGAAGCCCCUUUCAUCGUUGAAACAUCAGAAAUUGGCUCUGACAUAUUUGCUGGAGUGGAAGCUAAGGGCUUAAGUGACAGGUUCAAAGUCGUUCUCAACAACUGUUGGGCAACUCCCUCCUCGGAGUAUUUCUACCAGAUCCAGUGGCCUCUGAUCACCAAGGGGUGUGCCACAGACAACUCUAUCCUCGUGCAUGAGAAUGGGAAAACAAGCCGGGCUACGUUCCAGUUUAAUGCUUUCCGUUUCCGUAACAUCCCCAAGCUGUCCAAGGUCUGGCUGCAUUGUGAGACCCACGUCUGCGACAGCGAAAAGUUCUCCUGCCCUGUGACAUGUGAAAAACGAAAAUGGCGCAUGGAACAAACAGGAGGUGUUUUAAUGGCAGAGCUCGCUGUACGCAGCAAAGGUUUAUCCAGCUUUUACACUCUCUCAGAUAUCAUGUUCCACCUGCUCUUCAUGAUUGGAUUCUGUGCGGUGUCAUCAUAA